UAAGACCGAUCCCGCUUCAAACGCAUUCCAUAUCUAGCUUUGUCUCUCAAAACCUCUCUGAACUCAAAACUUUCAUCCAUUCAUUCAUUCAUUUUCUAACUCUCUCUCUCUGUUCAUCGUUUCUCUGUAAAAUCAAUGUUUCAUAGAACCAACACCUUCAAUUUCAACCAUGACGACCACAUUCUCGUACAACUACAAAAUGUUCAAAUGCUUCAACAGAAAAUUCUCCGUCACGGAGCAGGCACCGCCGCCGGACGUCAAGGAAGCCUUCUCCGAAUUCUCCGCCGGCGGAGGCACCUUCAUGUCCGCUGACCAGCUUCGGCGGUUCCUGGUGGAGCACCAGCGCGAACCGGAUUGCACUGCAGAGGAAUCGAACCGGAUCGUCGAGAAUGUCUCGCAAUCGGGGAAACGGAAUGAGGGAAACGAUGACACCGCCGAUUGCAUCUCCGGUGGGGCUUGUAGUAGCGGACAGGGACUCACCCUUGAUGAGUUCUUCCAUUUCUUGUUCAUUGAUGAUUUCAACGGUCCCCUGAAAUCUCAGGUACAUCAUGAUAUGAAUGCUCCGUUGUCACAUUAUUUCAUAUAUACAGGGCACAAUUCCUAUCUGACCGGGAAUCAGCUGAGCAGCGGGUGCAGUGAUGUGCCUAUCAUGAAAGCUUUGCAAGGAGGUGUGCGAGUAAUUGAACUUGAUUUAUGGCCAAAUUCAACGAAAGAUGAUAUCAUUGUACUUCAUGGAAGGACACUUACCACUCCUGUCUCACUCAUACAAUGUUUGAAGUCCAUAAAAGAGCAUGCUUUUGUUAAAUCUCGAUACCCAGUCAUUAUAACUCUAGAAGAUCAUCUUACACCGGAUCUUCAAGCUAAAGUUGCAGAGAUGACAACUCAAAUAUUUGGAGAUAUGCUCUAUUAUCCUCAUACAGAUCUUCUGACGGAAUUUCCCACACCAGAAUCACUGAAAGAUCGAAUUCUUAUCUCAACAAAACCACCAAAAGAAUAUCUUGACGCCAAGCAGUUUAAGGACAGUGACACUGAAAGGGAUUCGGCGGAAGAAGGAUCAUCAUCGCCUGGCCUUAUCAAUGAAGUUGAAGCUGAUAACAGGUUCAAUGGAAGUGAUCAAUAUGAGGAAGCUAUCAAUGCUCGUGAUAAAAAACCCGACCAGCAGGGUGCACCUGAGUACAAACGUUUGAUUACAAUCAAUGCUGGGAAGCCGAAGGGCAAUGUAAGGGACCAUCUAAAAAUUGCUGGGGACGUCAAGCGUCUAAGCUUGAGCGAACAGGAACUUGAGAAGGCUUCUGCCACUUAUGGAGCCGAUAUUGUUAGGUUUACACAGAAGAAUAUUCUCAGGGUGUAUCCAAAGGGAACGCGUGUAACCUCUUCAAAUUACAGGCCACAUAUAGGGUGGAUGUAUGGAGCUCAGAUGGUCGCAUUUAACAUGCAGGGGCAUGGAAAAUCACUCUGGUACAUGCAAGGGAUGUUUAGAGCAAAUGGAGGGUGUGGUUAUGUGAAAAAACCUGCAUUUCUGAUGGAAAAAGGCCCGCAUAAUGAGGUUUUUGAUCCUAAAAGAGUAUUGCCUGUAAAGAAAACAUUAAAGGUGAAAGUAUAUAUGGGAAACGGGUGGAGCUCAGAUUUCAGCAAAACACACUUUGAUACGUUCUCUCCACCGGACUUUUACACAAAGGUUUAUAUUAUUGGAGUACCAGCUGAUAAAUCCAAGAAGAAGACCAAGAUAAUUCAAGAUAACUGGUUUCCCGUCUGGGACGAAGAGUUUGAUUUUCCCUUAACCGUUCCAGAACUAGCUUUGCUUCGGAUUGAAGUUCGAGAGUAUGAUAAGCAUGAAAAGGAUGACUUUGGCGGCCAAACAUGUCUGCCGGUCUCUGAGCUAAGAUCCGGGUUCCGGGCAGUCCCUCUAUAUGAUCGAAAGGGAGAGAAAUUAAAAUCUGUAAAGCUUUUAAUGCGGUUCCAGUUCGCAUAAACUUGUUAAGCAUGGUUAGUUGAGAAAACAGAAUGAAACUAUCAUUAUUCACAUUACUGGAAAUUGAUUGUACAAUGUGUUUAUAUAGUAGAAUGAAUAGCUAAUUCAUAA